AUGCAAAGAGCUCAACGUAAUUGGGAUAAAAGAUAUAAUCCACUUAAAAUACUUGAACGAAGAGAAUAUGAUUAUAGAAAGUUAAUUAAUCACAGACUUCAACAUGGCUUUUCAUACGCUUCCGAGGGGAAGAUCGUCGCACAAUAUCUACUUGAAGCAAUAAGAAAUAAAGCAGUGAAUGGUGGUAAUGAGAAAAGAAUUCAUGAAAUACUUAAAAUUAGUUGGAUGAAUAGUACUGAACACGCAAGGCUUAAAUAUUUUAAACAAUUAGCUGAACAAGUUCAAAAACAUGAAUAUUAUAAUGCUCUUAUACAUUUUGAUUUUCCAGAUGUCAAAAUAACUGAAUGGUUUAAAAAUGAAGUCGACAAUUGCCACCCUGAAAUUUCUAAGAAAGAAUAUCAUAGAGUAUUUGAACAAGAAUUCAGUGACAUUAUUUCCAAAGUUAAUAAUUAUAAAUCUAUCGAAAGUUUUCAAAAUUUCGUUGAAAGUUAUUUGGAUCAUGUUGAAGGAUGUAAAUAUAAAAUGUAUAAAGAAUCAGAAGAAACAAAUGAAUCAGACGUCGAUGCUUUUCGUGAUAGUAUGUUGGCAACUUUAAAAGACCAACGAGAAAAGUAUGAAUCGGAUUUAGUGAAAUUUAAAGCACCGUCUGAAUAUGAAAUUAUAAUGGAAAAGCUUGGCUAUGAUACAAAAAAGCACCAUUCAUGUCAUCAACCGUCAGGCCUUCGGGGAACAAAUCACCAAUAUACAAAUGUCUUAGAUCCAACACCAUGUCAUCUGCGCGCAGAUAAUACUGAUGUUA